CCGCGUUGAUAUCAACAUCCCAAAGUUGCUUGUGUGUUUUGGCUCCCAGCUGCCCAGCGGGGCAGCCCGGGCAACCUAUGUCGCCAUGCCACCAUUCUACUAUCAAAAUCUGAAUCAACCGGAUGAAGAAGGUCAGUUACAAGAUGGAACGCAUAUGUCGUGGUGCGACGACAGGAGUUUCACUGAACGGAGAUGGCGGUGGCAAAUCUUUCGUCCAGUGCUUUCUGCACUCCUAGGCGUUUCGUUGCUGUAUGCUGUUCCCCUGCUGCGGCGCUCUGAACACGUCCCCACAACGCUUUCUAAAACUGCGUCGGACUCGACAGCUGUAAAGGGCGUCACCAAGGACUUUAGCAUUUUCCAGUUGAGUAUGUCAACCUAUGAGAAGAUCUUUGGUGACACCGAUCCCUUCCAAUUCAAGUGCCCCGUACCAGGGGUCCUUGCGGAGGGUUCUGGUACAACGUCUUGCUGCGGUGGAUACAACGCCUUGGGCUGGCCCUUCCAAUUUUUGGAAUGUGAACAUUUGGGCUACUGCACCACGUGUUGGGUCGAGAGUAGCGAGGCGCAGAUGCGACGGCACCCGGGGAUUCAUUUCGCGGGGGCCUCCUGGGCUGCCACCAUCAGCGUGAUGAAUGGCCAGGCCCAGGGCAUUCGCUCCGAAUGGGCCGGAAAUGUUUUGAAGGCGGCGGUCCAGAACAGCCCGAGUCUGGGGCCAACGGUGGAGAAUUCGCAUGUGGGCAACCACCAGAUGCACGUGAAGAUCCGCACGGGGUUGCUGGAGGGGCGGACCAACGUCUGCCUGGCCAUUGAUGAUUGGGAUGUGGACAUGUUGAAUGAAGAUCGAGAGAACAUCCACGCGCGUGUCUUCAAAUCCAGUCGCCGGAAACUGGCCAUCGUGGCCUUCCGCGGCACACAGUUCGAAUCGGCUAAGAACUGGCAUGUGGAUGCGGAUAUUCAGCGAAUUCCCAUGACUUUGCCCAAUGGAAACAUCACUUUGGUGCAUGAAGGCUUUUUGACAGCCUUGGACCACAUCCUUCCACAUGUGAAGCGAUGGGUGGAUGGCUACAUUCUAGGUCUCUUCCAUGCAGUGCCCAGCGAUUGGAAACUGAUCUUCACGGGGCACAGCUUGGGUGGCGCAUUGGCGCUGCUGGCAGCCACUAAGGCUUUUGCAGAGCACUGGCCACGGAAGCCCGAAGCGGUGAUAGGCUUCGGCGUGCCACGGGUGGCGGACAAGGCCUUGGAUGACUGGUGGCAGCAACAGGCACUUUGUGACAAGUUGAUCCGGAUCAAUACCUAUAACGAUUUGGUGCACGUCAUGCCGUUUCACAAGAUGUGGAAUGCAUUCAGUGCGGUCAGCGAUGUCUACGAUUGCGUUGUAUCACCUUUGAGUUGCAUCAGCCAGUCGGGAAAUAUCAUCGGCUCGGCCCCGGACCCUUCGGAGAUGGAGAUCAGCAAUCAAUGGGCGCAUGUAUGCCCUCAGAGCGAGGUGCUCAUUCCAAGCCGCGUGAAAGGGAUCAACGAAGAGUUGGAAGAACUGUCGCCCUUCGGCGGCGUCCUGGCGCACUUGAACGAGAAUUGCCUCUAUGGCUACAUCUAUGCCGUGCUGCAUAGCAACAUCACCACGUUGGACGACUAUUGUGGUUUGUAGGGGCAAAAACACUGUUUCUUGCCAACUUUUCCUGAACCUACGCCAUUGAAACUUGCGCCAAUGGUAACGCCAACAGCUUUUGUAGAUAGAGACCGCCUUUUGCGUGGCUGAUGGCGGCGCCUGAAGUUUCAUCAUUUGGACUAUGACCAGCGGUGCGGAGCCACUUCCAAAACUUGGCAAUUGGAUAUGCUCCACGUGCCAAGAUUGGCGGCAAG